AUGCCGAUGACAUCUUUGGUGGAGAUGAUGAGGAAAAUUAAACCUUAUCAAGUGAGUGAGCAUGACACUGACUCGGAACAAGAAUGUGACGAUGAUUUGAAUCAGGUAUUUUCAAAUAAUGAUAAAUCUUUGGAAAUGGCAAACGAAGAGCACCUGGGUUUGAGAUUGUUGAAGGAAUCUAUGGAAGUUCUCGAAUCUGCGUUCAGUGAUGGGGAUGAAGAACUAUUGAUAAAUAUUUCGUCCAGGGUUGCUACAUUAAGUGAUAUUGAAAACUUAAAGGUGCAAUCCCAGUCAUUAACCGAUUAUGUGAACGGACUCAAGGAAAUCCUAAAGACUCAACUAAAUUUAAAUGAGCAACUUAUAACGGAUGUGAAGAAAAUGCAAAUUGAUCUUAAUCCAAUCAAAUCUACUAUAAUCAAUAUUGUUAAUGAGCUUGGAUCUUAUAAAGAGAGAGUUGACUCCUCAUUUCAUGAGAUCAAGAAAGUGAUAACAUACCAGAGACUCAAAAUGGCAUUGGAGUCAAGGCACUUGGCUUUUGAAUUAUUCCAGACGCAGCUUAUCCAAACUAUAGACAAAUGUAAUAUUCACUACCUAUCUGAGUCAUUAAUUUCAAAGAUGAAACUUGGGGAUAUCCUCAGUGAUGUCAUCCCGCAAUUAAACAAAAUGCUACCUUAG